CGACAAAACACACAGACGUACGCACAGGCAUGUUUCAGACUCACACAAGUGCUGAUGUUGCUUUGCUUCCGCUGUCCAGGCAGGCGGGCUGCAUGCACUGCAUCAUUGUGUGCGGAUUGAAAAGUACUGGUCAGCGUGCAGAGGACAGACAGACAAAGCUGCUCACGGUGAGGCCUUUCGCAUCUGGUCGAUGUGUAGCUCUAUCUCACACACAAACUGCGCACACCCACACCCAGACACACAGAUGGAUGAGGCCGGCUGGUGGACUGGCAUUGGUCCGUGCGUACAUUGUCAAUGUCCUCGGCGUGCUUGACGCGUCUUUCACGGAAGAACUCGGACAGCUCCCUCACAAACUCUUUGUCGUGCGGCUCAACACGCUUCGAAGACGGCUUCCGCAUGUGCUCGAACACGGGCUCCAACACACGCUCGUACGCUGCACCCCACCCAUACACACACGUCAAUUCACAAAUGCCUGUGCUUGUGUGUUUGAAUGGGGCGAGUGGGACAGCUGUAUUGCCGACCGUUUGUGAUGGGUAGUUUUGGCUUGCCGCGCAUGGUUCUGGACCACAUGGCGGGCGACGACCCGGUGGCCCUGCUGCUCGAUGAGCCGGCUGCUUCCACACGAACCUGCGGCACACCCGGCUCGCCCAUCCCCAUCGCUGUGCAGUCGAGGUAGGCAAGAGACGCAUGUGUUAGCGCCGGUGCAUGUGGAUCGCUAUAAGGCUUCCUACCCAGGUUCAUUUCCUUUGCAAACUCCCCCGCCACUUCUUGGCUCGUGUCGGGGUUCCACAAAUAAGACGACUCCUCUGUCUGCGGCAGCACACCUAGACACAUGCAUACACGCCAGGUCAGACACGUGUCUCCAAUGUACGUGUGUAUGUGUGUAUAUCGACCAGGCUCGCUGGGCCGAGCCCCGCUGGCCGAGAUGGCCCUGUGGUAGAUGCUGUCAGGCUUGGGGCUCUCCUGCACGCUCGACUCGAGCACGGAUGCCAGCUCCUGAGAUUCUCCCCGGGUCAUCCGCUUUCCGGGAGCCUCUAACGCGGCACCCUCGCCGCUCUCGCCCUCUAUGAUAGAAUGGUCCGGCUCAUGAUGGUUGCCGGGGUGGCCCGCGACAACCAUGGCGCCAGGCAUGCCGCUGGGCUCCUUGAGCGUGCCUGUCCGCGAUGGCGUCGGGGUGAUGCCCGUGAAGUCCCACUCGCUGAUGUUUGAUAUGCUGUGGAAGGCCCGCUCGCUGCUCGGCUGGGACGACUGGGCCGGCGGCGGGAGCGGCGCACGUGAGCCCGAAGCGGGCGAGUGCGAAAGGGAAUCAAGCGCCCGCAGGGGCACCCGCGCUGAGGCGUCGUACAGGCCGUCCAAAGAGCUCCCUGGGGGCAGAUACGCGAGACAAGGGGGGAUCAGUUCAAGGGGUGGUGCCCGUCGAUGAGUGUAGCCUGCCUACUUUGGAUGGAGGAGCCGCCCCCUUCGUCCCCUGAGCUCGGGGCGAUCUUCGAGCUGUCUUGCGGAGCCUUGACGAUCGUACCCACUGAAGGUCCGUCCACCCACACAGAUAUAGAUGUUGUGCGUGUCCACGUGUCUCUCUCUCUCUCUCUGUGUGUGCUGACUUCCGUCGUUGCAGUGGUCUGCAAAUGCCUCGGCGUCGACACGUCUCUGCUGCUGCUGUUCUUGCUGUCUCUCCUGCUGCUGGCGGCGGUCCUUGAGUUGCCAUGCGAAGAAUCUGUUGUUGCCAGACAUGCUCUGGCCGUCGAUAUGCAUCCGACCCACAUCUGCACUCAUGGAGAGAUAGAUUACGAUGCAUACCAACCGGGUAAGUGACGAGCGAAGAAGCGCGGACCCACCUUCCCCCUUUCUGUAGUUGGGGAUGAUCUUGUAGUCUUCGGGGCGAAGCUUCUUCUCCUGCAAGGAAGGACAGACAUCUGUCAAUCUGCAAUGUGUCCUCCGGCAAACGUGUUUGUCCCUCCGUACGCUUGCAUCGUCGCUCGAUGAGGACGGGGCAGAGGGCGUACCUACCGAACGAACGAACGAAAGGAUAAACGAAAACUUCGUCGGCGUGUGCGUCCUUGCGUACGAGUCUUGUUCUUUGCGCUGCACACACCACACACACACAAGACACAUGGCAUCAUCAAGCGAUUGCACAACGCUGCGUGAAGCUCUUGUCGACGACUCACUCGAUGUCUUUGAUCAUGUCCUCGGUGCUCGUGUAUUUCUUGACGUCUGGACGAAAAACACAACGACGCAGCAGCGACACUCUGGUGAGGUCGCUUGGUGGCCGACUUGGUGGCAUUCUGCUCACUUCGCAGGAAGGCGUGUUUGAGCAGCUUAGCUGCCGUCGUGCUGACAAAAGAUGUGCAUCCAUGCAUCCACCAAUUCGUCCAUGUGCGUGUGAGCAAUCAAUGGGACCGUACCGUUUGUUGGGUUCGCGCUUAAGACACUCGUGAACGAAGUCACGGAGCACCCUGCAUUCAUACAUGUCGGACGGAGGCAAUCAAUGCAUGUAGUCGUCGCUCAGUCUCUCUUGCUCACUCAGUAACUCACUUGCUGGCCGAGUCGGGCAGUUUGCAGUCCUUCUCAACAAAGUCUUUCGACCGCGCAAUGUACACCAACACCUGCGGUGGGUUGUAGGCCAACCGGCCAAUGACGGGUGGCUGGUUUGCUGGGAGAGGUGUGUCUGCGGGUUACCUUGACAGGGUUCUCGUCGGCGAGCGGCGGGUCCCCCGUGGCCAUCUCGAACAUGGUGAUGCCGAACGACCAUAUGUCGGCCUUCGAGUCAUACGUCUGACCGCACAACACCUGACCAUCCAUCCAUCCAUCAACAGGCAUACAUACAUAUAAGGAUUAAAUGAUUAAGUGAGUGCAGGCAAUGAACGACCCAUGGCGUCGCGUACCUACCUCUGGUGCCAUCCAAUAGGGUGUCCCGACAAAGGUGCGGGCCUUCUCUAGAUUGGCUGCCAGAGAAGGGGGGCAGGGCAGGUGUGUCUUUCUCUCUGCGUCUACACGUCGUCAGUCAUGUGGCCAUACUUUGCAGCUCGUGCGAGACGCCAAAGUCAGCCAGCUUGACCCGAGCCUGCGUGUCGAGCAGGAUGUUGGCCGCCUUGAUGUCGCGAUGAAUCUUUGACUGAGCCGGGCUGGACAAACGCACACAAGAAACAAGGGACAACUUCAUUGCUUGCCUGCCCUGCGUACUGGCGUGUGUGCGUGGCGACCUGUGUAGGUAGACGAGCGCCUCCAGCGUGUCUUUGGCUAUGGCAGCCAACACCGGCUCCGGCAGCGGACCGUGCUUCCGAAUCUGCAGCAGCAGCAGCAGCAGCAGGCAGACGACAACGUGUUAGUCUGAGCUGACUGUGCGUGCCAUGCGAUAGCGUGUUUGUGCUGACGAUGUCUCUGAGGGAUCCGCCGCCGAGGAACUCCAUGAUAAUGAUCAAGUGAGCAUGGUAAGUGAAGGACUCAAUGUACCUUUGUGGGACAGAUGGCCAGCGAGGAAGACACACACAGACAGAUAGACAUAGAGGAGAAAACAAACAGCGAAAACAGCCAGUCGUGUCUCUCGUCUGACACUUCUGGUUCCCUGUCUGACUUGAUGAUGUUUUGGUGGUUGCACUUGGAGAGCACCGAGAUCUCGUUCCUCACUUGCUCCAACGAGUCGGUGUCCUUCAUGACGUUGUCGCUCAUGUCCUCCAAGUCCACCACCUUCAACGCCACCGUCGGCAGGCUCGCCUCACCUGACCCCUCAGCCGACGCCACCUUGGCCUCGUACACGCACCCGAACGCACCCUCACCCACAAUCCGCUGCACUAUGUAGGUGUUCCUGAAGCCCUUGAGCUCGUCUCCCGGCUGGUAGCUGUUGGCCCGUACACGAGCCACCUGCGGCACCUGCCGACCGCGGCUCAACGGACGGGAGCUCGACUGAGUCUCUGACAUUGAUCAGAUGUUAACACGCUGCUGGCUGGGCUGCUGAAAGGGGAGGAGGGACAGGGAAGGGAGG